CUCCAAUUCUCCCUUAACAUUCCCAGCCCUAACCAAGAAAAGCGACCGCUGAUAUCAUUGGCGUCAUCUGGCGAUCGUACGACGCCCCCGGCUUUUUUGCGGUAUAUCAACAUUGGUCAAUUGGUUGCUGUUGUGCAUAAUAAUUAUCAUCAUCACUGACCGCAUCAGGAGUUGUUCAGACCUCACCCUUUUGCGCGACUUACAUCUCUCACUUUUAUCCUCAUCAUCUCUUUGGUUUGGCGAGUUCUCAUUUGUCUCUCUUUCACCGCCGUACACAGGAGCGCACGCGCUCUCAAACAACAAGUAUCGUUCUCUUGAGGUGCAUCAUCAAAUAUGGCGCCUAAGAAGUCGGCGAGCAAGGAGCAGGCCGCCGCCAUUGAGCGAGCCAAGCUCGAAGAGCCUCAUGGUUACGAGUUCGGCGGACCUAUUGGCGCAGCACUCAUCACAAUCGGUCUUCCCAUCGGCUGCUAUGCAUUCGCAUUCCUCUGUAAUGACGUCUCAGGUUGUCCGGCACCGUCCCUCCUUUCGCCUAGCAAGCUCUUCUCUCCGCCAAUUUUGUCCAACAAGACUCCUCUCGUGCAUGCGCUUGACACGCUCAAGGCCGAAGUCGGUUGGCCAGGUUUUGCUGGCCUGAUCAGUGUCGAGGCCGCUCUGGGCACGUUCGCCUGGUAUGCGCUGAGCUUGCUGCUCUACGUCAUCCUUCCUGCUACCGAGGUUGAAGGUGUGGAGUUGAAGAGCGGCGGCAAGCUGAAGUACCGCUUGAAUGCAUUUCUCUCCGCGGUGACCACGCUGGUGGCUUGUGCCGCAGGAACUUUCGUCCGCGGCCCGGACUUCCAAGUCUGGGAGUUCAUCAACCGAAACUACUUCCAGCUGCUUACUUGCAACAUCCUCAUCUCCUACGGCCUUGCCACUUUUGUCUACAUCAAGUCGUUCACUGUCAAGUCGGGCAAUGUUGACAAGCGCGAGCUUGCUGCUGGCGGUCAUUCUGGCAACAUCAUCUAUGACUGGUUUAUCGGUCGUGAACUCAACCCUCGCGUUUCGAUCCCUCUCGUCGGCGAGGUUGACCUCAAGAGCUGGAUGGAGCUACGCCCUGGUAUGCUCGGCUGGAUCAUGCUUGAUCUUGCUUUCAUCGCCAAGCAAUACAAGAGCUACGGCUACGUGACCGACUCCAUUCGUACGUGUCUUCAAACUAUCCUUAACAACGCAAAGUUCGUUAUCGCAGUUAUGGUCACUAUCAGCCAAGCCAUCUACGUCCUCGAUGCCCUCUACAUGGAGCCAGCCAUCCUCACUACCAUCGACAUCACAACCGAUGGAUUCGGCUUCAUGCUUGCCUUUGGUGACCUCGCCUGGUUGCCUUUCACCUACAGCUUGCAAGCCCGCUACCUUUCCGUGCACCCCGUCGUUCUCGGCCCGCUCUACGUCGCAGCAAUCCUCAGUGUGCAAGCCGCCGGCUACUGGAUCUUCCGCAGCAGCAACAACGAAAAGAACCGCUUCCGUACCAACCCCAAGGACCCCAAGAUCGCCCACCUCAAGUACAUGGAGACCUCGGCCGGCUCCCGCCUGCUCACCAGCGGCUGGUGGGGUACCGCCCGUCACAUCAAUUACCUCGGUGACUGGCUCAUGAGCUGGGCCUACUGCCUGCCCACGCUCCUCGCCGGCUACAAGCUCACCGACAGCAUCAUGUACCCUGGCACACGCCUCGUCUCCACGGAGGGCAUGAAGGGUGCUGCCAUCCCUAUCACCUACUUCUACAUGCUUUAUUUUGCUAUCCUGCUCAUUCACCGUGAGAUGCGUGAUGAGGAGAAGUGCCGCAGGAAGUAUGGCAAGGACUGGGAGGCGUACUGCGAGAAGGUCAAGUACCGCAUCUUGCCGUAUGUGUACUAG